GUUCUUCAUAAUCAACUUAUAUUUAUCACUUUCUUUGCACGCUUCGAUUAACCAACAAUCCAUUUUUCCUCUCAAAUAUUAUGGGUUCUGAAGGCAACAAAUUUAACGACGGAACAAGUUUCCCGCCGUCGGAGCCAACGUUAUGCUCAAACGGUUGUGGAUUUUUCGGCACGGCUGCAACGAUGGGGUUUUGUUCAAAGUGUUACAGAGAUGUUAAGAUUAAAGAAGAUCAUGCUGCUAUGGCUAAAGUUGCUAUGGAAAAGCUUGUUAUAAAUAGGCCUCAAAUUGACACCAUCGGAAAAGUAAGCUGUUCCCCGGCGCCGGCGGAGACGGUGGUUGAGACGGCGGCGGCGGCGAAUCGGUGUUUGACGUGUAGGAAGAAAGUGGGUGUUGUGGGGUUUAAGUGCAGAUGUGGUAGUACUUUUUGUGGGACACAUAGAUACCCAGAGCAACAUGAUUGUACCUUUGAUUUUAAAUCUAAAGGGAGAGAGGAGAUUGCUAAGGCUAAUCCUGUAAUUAAGGCUGAUAAAAUUGAUAGGUUUUGAGCUGUCGAAUUAAAAUUUAGUUCGGGUUUAGAAGUUCUUUUUUUUCAGUUGGGGGGUUUUAGAAGUCUGUGGUGUUAUGGAGAACAGGCUGGAGGGGUGGUAGGUUUUGUUUCGGUAUUUAUGAUUUAUGAUGAAUGUAAAAUACAUUUGCUAUUUAUUAUUUAUAUAUUUAGAUUCCAGUUGCUCAA